CUAGAGCAAAAGUCCGAAUCCGGUAGUAAAUUAUUCGUACUGAAGUUUUAACAGAACUGACGCCAUUGGCAGCUGUUGGAGGUUUGGGGUCGGGGUGUGAGUUUGAAAGAGACGAAUCCAAUCCCUGCGAAAUAAAAAGAUAUGAUCAAGCUUUUAAGUUCAAUUAAACAUGUAGCCAAAUCCAGUCCAUUUCUCCUGUUGAAAAAUCGUAAUGGUAAUUCAUGUUCCUACUCUUGUUUAUUUAUCUCACCAUCUGCCAUCGAUUCCCCAUCAGCUCAUCGCCUUAAUCUAAGCGCCAAGGACGUGGUGGCCUCUUUGAAAGACUGGUUCAAGGCCCCAAACACAUAUCUUCUUGACCGCAUCUUCAGCAUCCUAAGCUCCCAAGACCAAGUCGCCCGGGACGAUGAAUCUUCGAGGCAUGCCGCUGACCUUGCUCUCUCCCACCUUAAUCUUCAUCUCUCCGAGACCUUUGUCCUCCAGGUCCUCUCCUACGGCCGCUCCUCCUCCAAAGACGUUCUCUCAUGCCUCAAGUUCUUCGACUGGGCGGGCCGCCAGCCGGGAUUCCACCACACCCGAGCCACCUUCCAUGCCAUCUUCAAGAUUCUCUCGAAAGCGAAGCUAGUGCCCUUGAUGCUUGAGUUCUUGCAGGAUUUUAUGAAGCAUAGGUGCAGUUACAGGGUCAGAUUCCACGACACAUUAGUUUUGGGUUAUGCCCUUGCAGGGAAAUCGGCGAUGGCACUCCAGAUGUUCGGUAGAAUGCGAUUCCAGGGUCUUGACUUGGAUACCUUUGCCUACCACGUGCUUUUGAAUGCUCUUGUAGACGAGAGUUGCUUUGACGCCGUUGACAUGAUAGCUAAGCAGAUUUCAUUGAGGGGUUUUGACAAUGGCAUCACCCACUGCAUCCUGGUCAAGUGCUGGUGCAAGCAGAACAAGUUGGAGGAGGCGGAGGCCUAUUUGCGCGGUUUGGCCGAAAGCAGGAAGCCAGUUGGUGGGCAUGCCGUGAGUAUUAUUGUGAGUGCGCUUUGCAAGGGCAACAGGUUCCAACAUGCCGCCACCUUGUUGGAGGAGUUUACGGAGCUUAAUGUGCCUAUGGAACAAGCUUAUGGUAUCUGGCUUCAGAAUGUUGUGCAACGUGGGAAGUUAAACUGGUACUUGAACUUUAUCAAUAGGAAGAAAUUAUUCAGUAGGAAUGUUCCGCGCCUAUUUCAGUACAAUGUUUUGGUAUUGAGACUGUUAAGAGAGUACCGGCUGAAUGAUGUUUUUGAUUUGUUAAUUGAAAUGGAGAAUGAUGGAAUUUCCCCUGAUAAGGUCACCAUGAAUGCUGUUUUGUGUUUCUUUUGCAAGGCUGGGAUGGUGGAUGUUGCCAUUGAGUUGUAUAACUCCAGGUCAGAGUUUGGACUCUCUCUUAAUAGAAUGACGUAUAGUGAUUUAAUCAAUAACUUAUGUUGGAAUGGAGUUAUUGAUGAAGCUUAUUGUGUGUUAAGAAAUUCAGUUCGUGAAGGUUACUUCCCUAGUAAAAAGACCUUCAGUAUUCUUGCCGGUGCUUUGUGCAGAGAGGAAAAAUUUGACAGAAUAAAGGAGCUGGUAGUUUCGUCCCUAGAGCAGAAAUUUAGGCCCUGCUAUGAUGUCUGUGACUCAUUUAUUGUAGCUUUGUGUAAAGCAAAUAGGGUUGAAGAUGCCUAUUUAUUACACGGUGAAAUUAGUAGAAUAAAUAAAGACAUGUCAAGUAAAACUUACUUUCACUUGAUUCAUGGUUUUUGCAAGUCAAAUAGGGGAGAUAUUGCUGCAGCACUUCUACUUGAAAUGCAGGAGAAGGGUCAUAAACCAACCAGAAAAUUGUUUAGAUAUGUUAUCUGUUGCCUGUGCGAUAUGCAAAACCUGGAAAACCAGUUUUUCAAAUUGCUAGAGAUGCAGUUGUCUCAUUUUGAACCAAGCUCUCAUGUCUUUAACUUCUUCAUUGCUGGAGCUGGUCAUGCCAAAAAGCCUGAACUAGCAAGAGAAGUGUUUGAGAUGAUGCUAAGAAGUGGGAUUAAACCUUCCUUAAGAUCUGACAUCUUUAUGUUGCAUAGUUACCUAAAGAAUGAUAGAAUUUCUGAUGCUUUAAACUUCUUUAAUGAUGUACGCCAGAGAAGACAAAUAGGGAGAAAAUUAUAUAGUUCCAUCGUAGUUGGUCUUUGCAAAGCAGACAAGGUAGAUUACGCUUUGAAUUUCAUGAGAGAAAUGAGGAAUAAUAAUGUUUUUCCGGGCAUGGAAUGCUAUGAGCAUCUUAUACAGUUGUUCUGCUGGAAGGAAAGUUACAGUUUGGCUGUAAGUCUUGUUAAUGAGCUGGAGCAAACUAGGGGCUAUAUUACAUCUUUUAUUGGUAAUGUACUUCUGUUACACUCCUUAAAGACUAAAAAGUUGUAUAAGGCUUGGGUUCAAUUUAGAGAAGGGCAAGAUGAGACAUCAGAUAUUUCGUUGCUUGGACAACUAAUUGGAAUAUUUUCUGGUUGCAUGGAAGCAAACCAAGAUAUCAAGAGCUUGGAAGAAAUAAUUGCAAAAUGUUUUCCAGUUGACGUCUACACAUACAAUACACUAUUGAGGAAACUGAGUGAAAGCAAAGUGGAUCUUGCUUUUGAGUUGUAUGACUGGAUAUGCGAGAAAGGGUAUGAGCCAAAUCGAUGGACGUAUGACAUCAUAAUACAUUGUCUUCUCAGAAAGGGUAGGAGAGCUGAAGCUCAGAGAUGGUUGGAGGAGAUGUUUGAGAAAGGUUUUGACCUAACGGAGCGUACCAAACUGUUAAUCUGAUAAAGCCACAAGCCAGAUUACUCUGUGAAACGUAGCUUCUAACCAGAAGCCUAAACCAAAGGCGUAGAGAAAAAGUGGUCGUGUCUCAUCAAAUUAAUAUCCGAAACAAAAUUUUCAGGUAAGGAUAACAUAUUGUAUGCAUGUUUAUAUAUACAUUGAUUUUGGAGAGUCCAGCUCCAAUUUAUUUAUGUACUCUAUUUCUAAUAA